UCAUUUGUUCUGUAAACCCUCGCAAACCCCGGUCUCCCUCACCCCCUCCCUAGGGGGUGUCCCACUCCACCGUCUGGGCACUGGACGGAUAAAUAGCUCGGGCUUACUACGCAGGUCCUGUGGCCUUUGCUUUCAACUUCGCUAUAAGACACCAUGUCGGACGCUGUCUCCAUCAUAACCACACGCAGUGCACCUCCAAGUUACAGUGUUGCACUUCAACAUUCAAUGCAGGAAGAAGAAGAACUCCCAAGAGUUGUACCGGAAGGACCAAGGCUGGUGGUGUUAGCGCCCCAGGCCAAUUCAUCGACUGAUACCCUCGUUGGAGCCACCGCAAGAGACCAUUCAGCUAACGUAGAAACAAGAGGGCCAUCUUCAUCUGACGUGGAAGCAAGAGGUCCAUUCACAUUUUCACCCUUUGGUCCAAAUGCUAUGCUGCUUUUGCCUCAUGCGCUCUCUUCAAAUUCACGUCCUCUAUAUCACAUAUCUGUCUCGAAUGACUGCUUCAGACCUCAGAUAUGCACCACAACUAUUCGCAGAGGAACAGAGCAAGGUCAGAUAAUCGCAGAAAUUCAACGGUCGAUAUCACACGACGAAGAUGGAUAUCGUGGGACUGGUGAAUACAGAGGGCCAAGGAGGCAUAAGAUAGCUUAUCUUGACGAUGUACAUUUGCAACGGUCCAGGGACCGCCGAAAGAAUCCUCUAAUUCUCGCUACUUUCAUUCCGACCAAAAAGAAGGGGGAGCUUCAGACAUUGGACAUCACUUCGGAGGGACGACCUUACAUGGACGAUAUCGUAGUCUCGUGCCUCGUAACAGAGGGAAGAAGAACUACCAAGUAUGAUAGGUGAAGUCAGAGAUACUAUACAUACACGGCUGGAUAUAUAUACCGAGCACGCAUGUCCGCCGGUAUGGAUGAGCUGUGUCCUGCAGAUACCUUGUUAUGCAUACACUGACGGACAUACUCUAAACAUAUCUAGUUUAGGCCAUGAGAGCAAUAUGUUUGAGUUCACUGCCAGAUAUUAGUACGAUUUAGCUUCGAGGGUGGUAACUUUUGGCACUCACUUCU